AUGGACGCAAAGGUCGACUUUUCGGUUCCAACUUACGCCGAUCAAUAUUAUGGAGAGUUCCAAGCACUCUGCCCUAACGAUAGGGAAGUGCUCUACAACCACUUUCUGGCGACUGCAAAACUGAGAUUGGGAAACAAACCACAUUGGUGGCCAACCGCCGUUGAUUGGGAUUUUAUUAAUGACGGGGCUUUGGCCACUGUGAAAUCGAGACUGAAAGAAGAACCUAAGUGGUGGCCCACUACUGAUGAAUGGGGCUUCAAAGGUGCCCCAGGUAUGCAAGAAUCCGAGAAAUCCGAAGUCCUAGCAUGCAUUAUGAGAAACUACGACCACCAGGACCUUGCGAGAAUACUCGACAAAGGCCCCAAAACCGACCAUUCGGCCCAAAGACCGCCCUGCGAGAGUCCCUACCGAUAA